GCACAACAAAUUUUAGACUUAGCGCUAUGAAAGAACAUGAAAAAACAAAAGAUCAUAUUAAUUCAUUUAAAAAAAAUGAAAUUAUGAAUAUACCAAAAGAACAUAUUAUAACUUUAAUGAAAAUUAUAUAUAGUAUGGCGCAAGAUGAUAUUCCAUUAAAUAAAUUUAAAAAUCUUACUCAUCUUGGCCGUGCUAUUAAAGCACCACAUUUAAUUUCUGAAAACCAACCAAUUACUUAUGAAAAUAAUAUAUGUGGUCGAGAAUUAUUAUUUUCAAUAUCAACUUCAAUUGAAAAUAAUAUUUGGAGAGAAUUAUCUCUUGCAUUAGCUAUUGGAAUUAUAGUUGAUGAAA